CAGGUUUCAUUCAGUUUGUGCUAUUUUAGCAGUAGCAACCGAGAGAAACGUUUUCAAAUUACUUUAGGUGAUUCACACAUGGGUUGCUGUGGAAGAAGAGUGUUUUUAUUGUGGAUUGUUGAAGUAAUAAGGGCUGUAAUUCUAGCAAAUGCCCAAUGGAGUGUCACAAUGCCAGGACACAUCACCGCCUUGACAGGGUCCUGCGUCAUCAUCCCAUGCCAGUUCACCUGCCCAUGGAAUUACCAGCCCAAAGAAGUUGUGUGGUACCAGUAUGUGAGCUAUGGUUAUCCACUGGUGUACAGUAAAAACAAACCAGGUGGCGUCAUAGAAAAAUUUAGGUAUAAGACCGAACUAGUUGGGAAUGCAACAGAGAAGAACUGCAGUCUGAAGAUCAAGGAUGUACAUUCAACACAGAACCAGGAAAAAAUAUACGUGUGGAUUGACCCUGAUAUGAUCUCCUACAGAGACUACAAAUUUUAUGAUACCACAGUGACACUGAAUGUAAAAGAUGUUGUGGCUCCACCUGAAAUGUCAGUGACUGGAGAGCAGACAGAAGGCAAGACAAUCAAAGUUUAUUGUACAGCUGUCCACACCUGUCCUUCCUCUCCUCCAUCCCUUUCUUUUGGAGAUCAGCAGGGGAGCAUCCAAGUGAGUCACACAAAGGAGGAAAUGGGACAAUGGCGUGUCACAGCAGAGAUCUCCUGGAAGGCACAUGAUGAGGAUCAUGGAAAGAUGGUGUCAUGCACCAUCACACACCCAGGAAAUAGGAAUGCAACUAUGAGGGUUGCCCUCAUUGUGACUUCAUCUCCAUCGAAUGUCUCUGUGACCCAACAUCCUGGUCGACCCCUUGAGGGACAGCCAGUGAACCUCUCAUGCCUCAGUCAGAGUUACCCUCCAGCAAAGUCAUACCGAUGGUAUAGGGUGCAAAGGGGUCACAUGGUCCAGCAAGAGGGGGAGUCACAGAAUCUUUAUUUGGCAAAAGUGUCCAGAGACACUGGGUACUACAGCUGUUCCGCUCGCAAUGACUUUGGAGAAGCCAGUUCAAAAAUCAGACUGAUAAAUAUUGAAUACUGA